CAGUGGUGGUUUCCUGAUGAUCUUGAUAUAGUUAGACAGAUCAGGAAGAGUGAUGAGCUGGCCAAAGCUUCACUCGAAAAAAAUCAAAAAAAACAAAAUGUGGCCGUAACGCCGACAAUCCAAGUAGAAAUG